AUGGGUUUCAAAAUAUUCACCAAGUCGGCAGACAUCGAGGCUGAUGAGCGCUCUGAUGAGUUCAGCGUCAUCAACGAUGGCAACCUGAAUUAUACUGCUGCCGGGGGAGCCAAUUCUUCCAAGUUGACCUAUCAAGAAGCCAGCGGUGCUCCCAUCGAGACCAAGUCUCCCUUAGGAUACUCUGUAGGCGCGGUGACGGUGGUUGGCCUCAACCUGAACCAAAUGAUUGGAACCGGUGUUUUCUCGACUCCUGCAACGGUUCUCUCCGGAGCUGGCUCAGUGGGCCUUGCUUUGUUUUACUGGGUGAUUGGCUUUUUCAUGGCCGGUAGCAUGCUUGGAGUCUACCUCGAGUUCCUAUCAUAUUUCCCGAGUCGGUCCGGCUCCGAAGUGGUGUACCUCGAACAGUCAUACCCACGACCGAAAUACUUCUUUCCUACCGUCUUCGCCAUGCAGACUGUUCUCUUCUCAUUUGCCAGUAGUAAUGCUGUUGUGCUGGCCAACUAUCUCUUCAAGCUCGCCAAUGUGGAUUCAACCGCAUGGAUGCAGAAAGGCGUCGCAGUGGCUGCGUACACAGUUGCCGUCCUUUUGCUGGCUUUUAACACGAAAUGGUCGCUUCGGCUGACUGAUGCCAUCGGAUUUGUCAAGACCAUCACACUGAUCUUUAUUGGAAUCACCGGGCUCGUGGUCCUCGGUGGGCACACAUCUGUCAAGGAUCCCACCGUCAACUUUCGGGAUGCCUUCGCUGGAACUUCGGAAGCGUCAGUAUAUGGUGCCACGAAUGCCCUGGUCAAGGUCAUGUUCUCGUACGCUGGCUACAGCAACGCAUGCAAUGUGGCGAACGAAGUCAAGAACCCAACCAAAACGCUCAGCUGGAGCGCUCCAGCCUCGCUCUUCUUGGUCGCGGUGCUGUACAUGCUGGCAAACAUUGCGUACUUCUCUGUUGCCACCAAGGAUGAGAUUCUCAACUCCAGCACGGUCGCCGCUGGCCUCUUCUUCGAGAAAGUUUUCGGCUCGUCGGGGGCAUCCCGGGCUCUCAACUUUUUGAUCUGUCUCAGUGCCAUGGGCAACUUGCUAGCUGUGCUCAUCGGACAGUCUCGCGUGCUUCGAGAAUGCGGAAGACAAGGCGUCCUCCCCUUCACGACAUUCUGGACUUCAACCCGCCCCUUCGGCACCCCGCUCGGCCCAUACUUCGUGAAGUGGUUCCUCACCGUCAUCAUGAUCCUGGCUCCCCCAGCGGGCGAUGCCUUCAGCUUCGUUGUGGAUCUGGGCGUGUACCCCAGCAAUGCAUUCAACCUCCUCCUCGCCGUCGGGCUGCUUAUCACCCGCCGCCGCCGCCAGCGUCUGAACAUCCCUUCGUCAGGCUACCAAGCAUGGACCGUGACCGUCGGCUUCGCCAUCCUCUCCAGCUUAUACAUGCUCGUGGCCCCGUGGUACCCGCCUUCCACCGGCGCGGACGGCGGCGACGUGAGCUUUUGGUAUGCGACCUAUUGUGUCGUGGGUCUCGCUAUUGUCGCCCUGUGCGGAAUCUACUACUACAUCUGGAUCAAGGUGCUCCCGCGCCUCGGCCGCUACGAGUUCCGCCAGACCCAGAUCCAGGUCGACGAGGACGCGACCGCUAACAAGCUGGUCAAGGUGCCCGUGGACCGGCUGGAGGAGUGGGAUCGGGAGCACGAUGCGCUGGGCCGAGUGCGGCAGAGGGCUGCUGUCCGGACGGCGUCCAAUGAGACGGGGGAGAUUGUGUAUGAGACCAAGGCAUGA